UGUCGCUGUAAGGAGCUCUUCAACACAUGUCCGUCAGAUUUCAGUGAUCUUCAAUUAACGCUUUCGUUUGUUUCUUAGAACUGUAACUUCACCAUGAGACUAACAAAUGAACUAUGCAGACGGAAUCUGGUGCGCAUGUGGAAGAAAGCAUGGAAAAAGUAUGGCUCCUUUACCGAAUAUCCUGUCAACAUAUCACGAGAAAGAUUGAACCAAGGGAUUGAGAUAGUUGACCCUGUGAAGGGACAAGAGUUGUCAAAGGUGACUUGGACGCCACCGGUGGCAGACGAUCCCCGCUUUUGGCGCCCAAUGCCAAUGGAAGAACAGUCAAACUACCACGACGAACCAACUCACCUUGUCACUCCCAAAACUCGUCUUCUGAAAGGAGUUCAACAGGCUAGUAUCUUAGCCAAAGCUCAACCAAUAAAGGGAUUUCCAUCGAAUGUUGAAAAUCUUGUAGGUGCAGUUGAAAUUCCAAAUCAAGACAACCUUGUACAGCGGUAUAUCAUGCAAUCACAGGUCUGGGAUCCAACAAAAGACAAGCUGCCAAAGAGAAUAGACACACGUAAAGUAGGUUGGCAUUUCCAGGCAGCGUAUGGCAUUAAGAAUGAAAAAUCAUCCACAAUUUUACUCCAGAAUAUGAUUCGACUUUGCCAGUCUCUUGCAGGAACAUAUCCAUGUAUUGCCACAGAUCGGCGCCUUCUGUACAAGCCAUACGUUGGAACACACUACUUCCAUGAUGACAACAUGGUGUCGGUUCAAGGACUGUAUGAAUAUCUUAUAUCUGGUCAGAAAGGUUUGAAUCCAUUUGCCAGCGAGGAUGAGGUUGAUGCAACAGCAGUGGAGCCACUAGCAGACAUCAGUCCAAUAUCUCCCUUGAUUGAUCUGUCACCAACAAACUGUUACAGUUUGGACACAGUCACACAUCUAAACAAACCUCAUAGUCAUGGCAUCCCACAAACUCUCUUCAUGCUGAACAAGAAUUACUGGAACACAGACCAGCGCCAAGCUCGCUGCCUUCUGUUCUGUCUAGCCACAGCUUUAUCGCAAGCAAGGAAACUGUAUGGGAUAGAUGUGAAACAGCUGCCAGAGCCUGUCAGUGUUCAGUGUGUUAACAUGGACCCUACGACUGUCAACUUCAUAUUCUUCCAGCUGAACACAGCAGACUUUAAGUCCAGAGAUGGUAUAAAGAACAUGGCCUGGUUUAGUGGGGACCAUCACUUGUUUAAGAAAGAGCUUUCACAACCAUGGUUAGGCAAGGAGUAUGAAAAUACAAAGUACAUAGACUAUGAGGCUGAUGUUUUCAGAAGAUUUCUAGCGGUCUUUCUCAAUGGUUUGCCAGACAUUCAUUCAAAUGAAAUUGAGUCAGACGUCAGUGCAGCACAGUCCUAGCUUGAGUGUGGGCAGAUAUUAUGGCAUGUUGUUUAAUGAAACUGACAUAUGUUUCAAUAGUGGGAAUUACUGACAGUUGUUAAGUAUGUGUACACAUAGACAUUUAUUCAGGUCAUGAAGAAUUAUGCUUUAUAAUGUUCUGUGAAUUUAUUGUGUUACAACUGAUAAUAUAUAAACCUAUGUUGCUAAAUUUGAA